AGUCCUCAGCGCGGACCGCGCAGACUGAAUAAUAAAAGGGGAGCGGCGAAGAGGCAGGAAGACAGGACCAUGUCGAAGGGCCCCGGGCCCGGCGGCUCCGCAGCUUCCUCGGCGCCCCCGGCCGCUACCGCUCAGGUGCUGCAGGCACAGCCUGAGAAACCGCAGCACUACACGUACCUGAAGGAGUUCCGCACAGAGCAGUGCCCGCUCUUUGUGCAACACAAAUGCACUCAGCAUCGUCCCUACACCUGCUUCCACUGGCACUUCGUGAACCAGCGCCGCCGCCGGUCCAUCCGCCGUCGGGACGGCACGUUCAACUACAGCCCCGACGUCUACUGCACCAAGUACGACGAGGCCACGGGCCUCUGCCCGGAGGGCGACGAGUGCCCGUUCCUGCACAGGACCACAGGGGACACUGAACGCAGGUACCACCUGCGCUACUACAAAACUGGAAUCUGCAUCCACGAGACAGACUCAAAAGGCAACUGCGCCAAAAACGGCCUGCACUGCGCUUUUGCCCACGGGCCCCAUGACCUCCGCUCCCCUGUCUAUGACAUCAGGGAGCUCCAGGCCAUGGAGGCCUUGCAGAAUGGCCAGACCACAGUGGAGGGCAGCAUAGAGGGCCAGUCUGCUGGGGCCGCAAGCCACGCCAUGAUAGAGAAGAUUCUCAGUGAGGAGCCGCGGUGGCAAGAGACGGCUUACGUGCUGGGCAACUAUAAGACGGAGCCGUGCAAGAAGCCCCCACGGCUGUGCCGCCAGGGCUAUGCCUGUCCCUACUACCACAACAGCAAGGACCGGCGGCGGAGCCCUCGCAAACACAAGUACAGGUCGUCUCCGUGUCCGAACGUGAAACACGGGGAUGAGUGGGGAGAUCCCGGCAAGUGUGAGAACGGAGACACCUGCCAGUACUGCCACACCCGCACGGAGCAACAGUUCCACCCGGAGAUCUAUAAGUCCACCAAGUGCAAUGACAUGCAGCAGUCGGGCAGCUGUCCCCGAGGACCUUUCUGCGCUUUCGCCCACGUAGAACAGCCACCCCUCAGUGACGACCUGCAGCCUUCCUCCGCUGUGUCCAGCCCCACUCAGCCGGGUCCCGUCUUGUACAUGCCAUCUGCUGCCGGAGACUCGGUGCCCGUGAGCCCCUCCAGCCCGCAUGCCCCUGACCUCAGCACCCUCCUCUGUAGAAACAGCAGCCUGGGCAGCCCGUCUAACCUGUGUGGCUCCCCCCCGGGCUCCCUGAGGAAGCCCCCAAACCUGGAAGGCGUCGUCUUCCCUGGGGAGUCUGGCCUCGCCCCUGGCAGCUAUAAGAAGGCUCCUGGCUUCGAGAGGGAAGACCAGGUGGGAGCUGAGUUCCUGAAGAAUUUCAAAUGCCAGGCCAAGUUAAAACCCCACUCUCUAGAGCCUAGGAGUCAAGAGCAGCCUCUGCUUCAGCCCAAACAGGACAUGCUGGGCAUCCUCCCCGUGGGCAGCCCCCUGACCUCAAGCAUCUCUUCUAGUAUCACCUCCAGCCUGGCAGCUACUCCCCCUAGCCCCGCGGGCACCAGCAGCAUCCCUGGCAUGAAUGCAAACGCUCUGCCCUUCUACCCCACCAGCGACACGGUAGAGUCGGUCAUAGAGUCUGCCCUGGACGACCUGGACCUCAAUGAGUUUGGGGUGGCUGCCCUAGAGAAGACCUUCGAUAACAGCACAGUGCCCCACCCAGGCAGCAUCACGAUUGGCGGCAGUGCGCUGCAGAGCUCCGCACCCGUGAACAUCCCUGGCUCCUUGGGCAGCUCCGCCUCCUUCCACUCAGCGUCCCCGUCCCCUCCGGUCAGCCUCUCUUCACAUUUCCUGCAGCAGCCCCAGGGCCACCGGAGCCAGUCAGAAAACACAUUUUUGGGAUCCUCAGCAUCACAUGGAUCUUUGGGUUUGAAUGGCAUGAACAGCAGUAUCUGGGAGCACUUUGCCUCUGGAAGCUUCUCCCCGGGCACUUCCCCUGCCUUCCUGUCAGGCCCCGGGGCUGCUGAGCUGGCCCGGCUUCGGCAAGAGCUGGACGAAGCCAACGGCACCAUCAAGCAGUGGGAGGAGUCCUGGAAGCAGGCCAAGCAGGCUUGUGAUGCCUGGAAGAAGGAAGCAGAGGAGGCCGGUGAGCGGGCCAGCGCGGCAGGGGCCGAGUGCGAGCUGGCCCGGGAGCAGCGGGACGCGCUGGAGGUGCAGGUGAAGAAGCUGCAAGAGGAGCUGGAGCGGCUGCACUCGGGGCCCGACCCGCAGGCCCUGCCCGCCUUCUCCGACCUGGAAGCCCUCUCACUCUCCACCCUCUACUCCCUCCAAAAGCAGCUGCGGGCCCGCCUGGAGCAAGUGGACAAGGCCGUGUUCCACAUGCAGUCGGUGAAAUGCCUUAAGUGUCAGGAGCAGAACCGAGCGGUGCUGCCGUGCCAACACGCCGUGCUGUGCGAGCUCUGUGCCGAGGGCAGCGAGUGCCCCGUCUGCCAGCCGGGCCGGACCCACCCCCUCCCGUCGUGACCCUGCAGGCCGGCCCGGCUGGCUCAGCUCUUCCCACCUAGGACUUUUUAAAGUAUAUAUAUAUAUGUAUGUAUGUAUGUAUGUAUGUAUAUGUAUAUGAUUAUGUAUAUGUAUACAUUUCCAUGUGUGCAGGUAUGCGUGGGCGGCCAGUGUGUGAACAGUGUCU